GCAUCGCAGCGACGUACGACGGGUUGCGUACUGAACGGAACGAAAGGGGGAUGAUUGGCCUUAACGGCGUACCAGUCAGCCCCCAGUUGCGCUUUGAAAUGGCUGUGCGUUUUCAAAUUUCCUGUUUUGAUUGAUAAAUUCGUUAUCUAUUUUUAACUCUUUUUUCUUUUCGAACCGUAUAAGUUGUCGCCGUAGCUUGUAAAGUGCUUGUCUCACGGUUCGCCCGGAACCCUCACUCAUCCGUCCAUAAUGCCGAGGAAAAUAGGAUUCACCGUUGUUUAUGCCACGAGUGAGGAAGAUCGACACUCUUCCUUGGAGCUUAACGUCCACGGACCGACGGUGCGCGGGUGGCAGAGCGGUCGAAGAUGUGGAUACCCUCAAGAACUCGUUCUCAGACUUCACGGGCCGACCAAGCUCUCGAGAAUACAAGUUUUGGCUCAUCAAUACCUCAUACCGGAGAAAUUGGAGAUAUGGACGUCACAGGAGACGAAUGGUACAAAUUCAACGGACUUCAAUUAUCUGGGGUACAUUACGUUGUCCGAUAACGCAUCGACUCUAUACAAGAGCAGGGAGUUGAAGAGCGUCGCUCUUCCCGAAACCGACGCUGCCACUUUGAAACUCAAGCUGCAUAAACCGCACAAGAAUGCCCACAAUGUUCACGAGCAGGUAGGUCUAAUAGCCAUAAACAUCCUUGGUGAACCCUACGGCCAGGAAUACUGCGGUCAAGGUGAUGCACCUUACAACCCGCACUACACUUCACCCUAUGAUGACCUCGCUUUUGAAAUGUACGUUGACCGUGAAGUGGCGAAAAUUAUACGACAAAUGGAAAUGAAAAAGCUGCAGGCGGCUGAAGAAGAAAGAUUUGAAUACGCGUCAAAGUUAAAAGUGGCUAUGGAGAAUCUAAGGAAAGCCGGGGAACGUCUUGGUAAAUAUGAAUUGGAAAAGAAAUAUGCUAUCGCAUUGGAAGAUUACGAUAAGGCAAAAGUGAAGAAGGCUCAAGCGCAGCAGUACAGACAGCAGGUCUAUCAAAGUUUAGAAAUUGAAGAUUUACUCGAAGUUCACGGCCCAUUGGAAAAAAAUGACGAGUCCAUCAUAGAAGGGAAAGAGCCGGUGUCAGCUGACGCAAUUGUAUCCGCAACGGCAGCUCAAGUGGUUGAAGACAUUACUUCGCCACCAAGACUAGUCGUUCCGCCAAGCCGAGACGGUGCCCUGUCUCCUACCGGUCCUGCCCAUCAACAACCACCGUCACCGCUUCAUCAAAAGCCUAGUAGUCCGGAGGUGCUGGAUCACCCGACAAGUGGUGUAUUAGAAAGAACAAAUGGUUGCACCAAGGGCUCUCUCAGAAGAAAAACCAAGUCAGCUGGACCAAUGCUUCGAUCCAGCUACGAGGCUUACGAGGAACGAACUAUACCUGCGCUAAGGCACUCACAUACAAAUGAAUUUACGAGAGAAUGUCACUUGGACAGUACAGACAGUACAAAAGUAACAUCGAAACUUAAUGACAGAGAGAAGAAACAGGCUGCGCUACCAAUAUCCGUCUUUGGAAUGGAAAUGGUCGAAAAGUUUUAUUCUAAGCAAUUUACUGAUAAAGAAGAGGGAUUAAUGCAACUCAAAGAAGAAUUGCGGACAUUUGAUUCUGAAGUUUCAAAAAAUUCAGCAAACAAAACAGCAAGGGCGGCUAUUUUGCUGCUGCACAGAGCGCUUAGAGACAAAGUUUUCAGUGUCUACAGUCUAGCAGCUCAGUUAAUCAGGGUAUUCUUCACCGAGUUUGCUGUGGGUCGAGUAUCAUCUGCUGAAAUUGCUCGCAGUGUAGAUCGAUUGCUGCCAGAGCUCCUGACUAAAUCAGGCGAUACUACUCCAAGGAUCCAUAAUAUGGCUGUUCACACUAUUCUCAGUAUGGCAGACUGCAAGUGUGUCAGAGAACUGCAUAUUAUACCGGUCCAUCUUAGCAGGCCUGUGAACAGUAGUACGCAUCAAAGAUUAGCUCUGAGUAGACUAGAAAUGGUCGAGCAGCUAAUAUUGAAUCACGGAAUAUCUACGGACAAACAGAGCGGUUUGACUUGCCGAACAUUGUCGGAGUUUGGCCUGUCUGGACUGCAUCAUCCAGCAGAAGCUGUGAGAAAAGUAUCGGAAAGAGUAUUGGUAUUGGUUUAUAAAGUGAAUCCAAGGCUUGUGAGAAAGCAGCUACCACCAGACGAUGAUAUCACUAGGAGAAAUCUCCUUUACAGACAAUUAUUCCAUGAAUUUGAUCUAGUCGAUCUUCAGAGAAAGAAAGAUCUAGAAACUAGUCAGAAAACCACGACGCCAGUUCACACAAAGCUUGUAGAAAAUAACGAAGCUAGCGUUGCUAAAUCUCCGCCAAGGUCUAGUCCCGUUGUUAGUACUAGUAGUUCUAUCAGCAUUACAUCACCAUCGGACAACAGCAGCGAUCACAAAGGGGACAAGAUGUGCAUAUUUUGUUUAUCGAAAGGUCAGGUAUAUUCAGAGGAAGGUUUGAAUAUACAUUAUUGGAGGACUUGUCCAAUGUUGACGAGAUGCGAAGCUUGUAAACAAGUUGUCGAAGUUUCGUACGUCAACCUACAUUUACUAAACGAAUGCGAUAUGAGAAAUAAUUACAGCAAAUGUGAUACAUGUAAACAAGCAGUACACAUAGAAGACUUGAAGCGACAUUCAAAAAGUGACAAAUGUACUAAGCCAAUAGAAGGAUGCGAAAGAUGUCCACUAUGUCAGUUACAUAUUAAUCGGAAUAAAUGGCGAGAUCAUCUCAUGGGAGAUCAACCCUGUACAAAUAAUCCGCGGAAUAAGACAAACAAAAGCUCUUCGAAAUCCCCAUCGAACACGCAAAAUAUUGGCGGAAAAUUGACUUCGCCAACUAGCAGGGAUUACUAGCGUCAACCUUUGCCUCAUGUAUAGUAGUGUAUGAAGAGUUUUCGAAUCUUGUUUAUUUUAUAGUUUAUGUAUUUGUUAUAGAAUUUUAAUGUUUCUACGCUAUAUUUGUACGUAUACAUUAAAAUAUCUCGUUUACAGUA